AUGGAUGCUUGGGAAGGACUAUUAGUGGAGGAAGAAGUGCUUGAAUCAUUUCUGAAGAAAUGUGAUGCCACAACAUCAUUGAUUCCUUGUCCUGCUGGGAAUGUUCAAGCAGCAUUGAUGAAUAGGAUAAGUGAUGACCAACAUACCACCCAACAGUUUGCUGAAGAAGUAGCUCAAGCAACGUAUGACAGAGAUUUCAACUCCAAUCCAUGGAUGUGGGCUGAGAUGUUCGUAAAACACCAUGAACUCGUGCUGGAAGGAGAUAUGAAAAAACUUAAUCAGCUAGAUUCAGCAAAAUCUAUAGCAAGACUGCCACUUGUUGCUUGUCUUGUGAAAGAGUGUAAGCCCAAUGGUCUGGGAGACAUGCAACUUACUAUUAAGGACCCUAGUGGUACCAUGAAGGCCUCCUUAAAUAGGAAAGUUCUUCAAGAUCCACAAAUUGGGCCACAUAUCGGAGUUGGCUGUGUUUUGUUACUAAACCUUGUAACCCAUCUUACACAAAGUAUCAUUUUGUACACAUAAUUUAAUUGAUUUCUUAUGCAUAAUAUUUAUUUAUGCUAUAUUCAGGUUCCUAUAUUCGGUGCAUUUGGAACAACACAUUACCUAAACAUUGUCGUUCGCAAUGUAGUUAAGGUCUUCGCAGCUGAUGUUUGCCCUCCUACAAAGCAACUGUUGGAGGAAACAUCCAAACCUGACAUUCGUCAAGCUAUGACGGAAGAAGAAGCGAUGGUUGAAAUCAUGCGAGAGUUAGUUCAUCCAACUCAUAGAGCAUCUACUUCCACAACACCUCAAAUCAAUUAAUUAUUCACUCAUUAAGUAUGACAACUAUUUUAA